GUCAAUGACGUAAGCAUACGUCAGCGUUAACAGAGGCAGAUGUGUACAACACAUGUAACAUGUAUCUCUUUGAGCACUAGGACUUCAUUCUCACCGUCAUACUGUGAGUGAGUGGACCUAACCGAAGUGAAACCGAAGCACCGUCUUCUCUCGAGUCCCGUACAACGACAGGCUUUAGGAUUAAACCGUUUUAACAACAAGGUGCCUCUAUUGAAGCUAACAGUAGCUAGCUCAGCCAGUAGUGCUACAGUCUGACUUCCUGGUGUUGUUCGAGGUCAUUCUCUCUAACGUCCAUCUAGCCAGCUGUUGUCAGGAAGCUAGUCAUGAAGAGUCUUCCGUACUUCUGCCGGGGAGAGGUCGUCCGAGGCUUCGGGAGAGGAAGCAAAGAGCUGGGGAUCCCCACAGCCAACUUCCCUGACUCAGUGGUGGAACAUCUUCCAGCAGAUAUCGGCACAGGGAUCUACUAUGGCUGGGCCUGCGUCAGUAAUGGGGAUGUCUACAAGAUGGUGAUGAGCAUUGGCUGGAACCCUUACUACAAAAACACCAAGAAGUCCAUGGAGACCCAUGUGAUUCACACAUUCAAAGAGGACUUUUAUGGGGAGAUUCUCAGUGUUGUCAUGGUGGGCUACAUCCGUCCAGAGAGAAGCUACAGCUCACUUGAAGCGCUCAUUGCAGCCAUAAACAAUGACAUUGAGGAGGCCAAGGCCAAACUGGAGCUCCCAGAGCAUCUCAAACUGAAAGAAGACAACUUCUUCACCAGUGCCCUCAGCUCGUCGCCAGCCCUGCCCCCCACCACCGCAUCCACAUCACAGACUAUUAUGAAUGGUCACUGACAGCUGGCUGUGACUGUAGCACUUUGUGCACACACACACACACACACACACACACACAUAUCAGACAAACAUAGAUGUUUCAAUAUACACACAGGUGUAUGCACUCAUUAAAAUGCACAGCCUCCUUGUGAGAUCUCUUAGGCGUCGCCAUGGCUGCACAUAGACAUAAUCAUAUACAACCAAUCUUCUUUUUAUGGUAUUUUUCUUUUAUUUUCUCAAUGUGUCUCAGCUGUUUAACUUCCUGUAUCGGUUUCUUGAAGACAGCCAAUCACUUAAUAGAUGUUUAUUUGUAUACGGUAUAUCCACUCCAGAUUGACUCAUCUAAGAACAUACCUGUGUAUGAAUUUCUUUGGUUUCACUGUUCCUGCUGUAUAUUUUGAAUCUUUAAUGUGAGAAGGUACCGAAAAUUCAAACUUUAGGAUGAGGAUGACCACAACAUUUUCUAAUACUUUAAUAUGUAUAUAACAAAAGACACAAAUGGACUGUAAACUCAACUCUGUGAACACUAUCUAGCCAAGGUCGAGAAUUGUUUCUGUGUCAGGUGGUUAGAAAGAACGUUUGGGCAUUAUUAUCUGUAAAAAAAAAACACUGGCCGCACCGUUAGAUAACUUUAUGCAACAAUGUGGCUAAAUAUAAGGCAUCUGUGUGAAGACGGGAGAUUUGUUUGUGAAUUAUUUAAAUUUUGUUUUUAAAUUAUUCUCGCUUUCCACUCAUUUUCCUCUUGAGAAAAUAUCUCUCUUCCAGUGCGACACAAACCCUGUACUGUUUUAUUACUGCCCUAAAAAAGGAAUGACCCUAUUAUAUUGGCCUUUGAUUCAGUGUUUAUGACGCAUUUUGCAGAAAAAAACUUAGAGAAUGGUUAUUUGUUAAAUGAAAUGUGUACAAAAACACAUUUUAAGGAUAGGCUUUUGAAAUAAUUUCAACAUAUUCAUCCUCUGGAUUUGAGUGGUACUCUCUUCACACUACAUAUCUUUCCAUUAUCAGCCGAUAGAGAAAUAUAGAUGAUCCGAGGAACACUAAGGCUGAUAAGCACGUUCUUAUGCACGUCGGUUACGUUUUGGCGUUUUUUUCCACUGCAGCUGGCUUAAUGCUUUGACCUACGUUCUGUUUGUCUCUGUGGGUUUGUUACGGAUAGUAAAACAUUGAUAGGUGAUAUGGGGUGAAGUAUAAGGUCCACAGCUCCUGUACCCUGCUCUGAUAUUUACAAAGGGAAACAGUCUGAAGUGUGUGAACUCAAAUCUACACCAUCAAUUUGUGAAAAACCGUACAAUAUGCAUAAUCUUAAUAUCUACAUAUAAUAGUUUUAUUUUUUUGUUUCAUGAGGUCUUUUAAAAUUUUAACAAAAAUAAUAUUCAAAAAAUGUUAGCGCUUUACAGGGUUUUAGGUCUGUGUGUGUGUGCCUUCACCUUUUUAGCUUUUACCAAGAAAAAAUGAUACGAAACCUUCUAAAAUACAACUACAAGUGUGUAAAGUUGUUCUGAACUUCUGUAAAUAAUUGUUUUAAAUGAAUGAAGUAUGAGUCUAGCUAUGUGAUUUGGGAUUUUAAGUCUGUAUUGUAUUUUAGUUUAUUAAAGUGUUAUUUAGGGAGUAAAAGAUAUGACUGCAAUUUAUGAAUGUUGACACUAUUCAUGCAACAGUAGCAAUGUUCAUCUCCGGAGAAGAGCUUAGCAGGUACCUUCCUAUUCUCAGUCUGGUAGUUUUUGUUUGUUUAGUUUCUUUACUGACCGGGAAUGAAAGAAUCAAUACA